GCGCAGGCAGCCUCAGUAAACGACCAGCUGUUGUUGGUGUUGGAGGUGGGUGUUUACAAUCCCCUCCGGUUGUAGUGUUGUUGAGAUGACAAGAAAUUGACGUCGUGUGACUCCAUCAUCUGCCAAGAUGAGUUUGGUGAACGACUCGGUGGAAAAAACAAUCAUUGGUGGAGUCAUAGCCUGUGAAAUGUUUGAAAAAAUAUUGAAAGAAAAGGGACCAAACCAAGAAAUAUAUUUAUCUUAUGCAACUUUGCUCGCGGAAAAGGGGCAAGUUGUAGAGAGUUUGGAACUGUUGUACCACACGUAUAAGUUAUAUUCUAUGAGCCCUGAUAAACUGUAUCAAGUAAUUAGUAAAAUAGUUGAUUAUUUAAGAUUAAACUGGAAAGAGAAUGGUCCUCCCAUCUCUAGAAAUGUGUUCUCUUGCCCGAUGUGCUGGGGGGUCCUACACGAGCCCCUCACCCUAGUGUGUGGCCACACCUACUGCCGAAGGUGCCUCUUGAAAGAACAACUCAGAACGUGUAAAGUUUGCCAGUAUAAGUUUAAAGACAAGAGCCUAACCAAUGUGAAGCCCAAUGUGUUAGUCUCUACGUUAGUGAACCGUUGGUGGAUGCAGGAGGUGGAGGGCGUCAAGCUAAGGACCGACGGAAACAAAUACUUCAUGGACCAACAACUGGAGAAAGCACUCGAGGCCUACACCAAAGCCUUCAAGUGUGCGCCGCAAGACCAUCUGCUGCUAAGUAACCGCUCGCACGUCAUGCACACGAUGGGCCGGGCAGAGGAGGCCCUCAAGGACGCCGAGGCCGCCACCAGGUGUCGCCCGGAGUGGGCCAAGGGCUACUUCCGCAAGGCCAUGGCUCUGACUUCUCUCGGCCGUUUUGAGGAUUCAAUUGUCUCUCUCCUGCAGUGUACCAUCCUUGAGGAGUCCAUCAGUGUACACAACGUUAAGGAUGAAAUCUCGAAGGCUUUCCACCGGCUGCUGGUCAGACUGACAUGUAACAGACGGUACAGCAUGGAGGGGCGGAGCGGCCGCCACCACCACUGCUGUUACUCCAGGAUCUCACCGGCCAUCUCGGACCCUUCCCUCAUUCCUGAGUACGACUCUGAGGACAGUGAGGACAGCGAGGACGGCCGCCAGCAGGGCCACUGUGGGCCCUCUGCCCCACCCAUCGAGGAGGUGGCUCACCUAAGAAAAAUCAUGGAAAAGUUCAACCAUGAAAUGGAACGUAACAGAAAAUCAAGUGGUGGUUAUGUACGCACUGUAGACCUACAAAACUAUGAGGUGAAUGACUUUGAGUGCACGCUUUGCUACCGGUAUCUGUACCAGCCCGUCACCACCCCGUGCGGCCACUCCUUCUGCCGCACGUGUCUGGACCGUUGUCUGGAUCACUCCACCAGCUGUCCACUUUGCAAGACCUCCAUAAAAAUGUUCCUGGCAGAACGCCGAUCUGCAGUCACAGAAUUCCUUGAAACUGCAAUGCAAACUGUGAUGCCUAAUGAGUGUUUGGAAAGGAAACAACAGCACGAUGAAGAGAUGGAUGAGUUGGCAGCGGCUGGCAAGGACUCCAAGCAUGACAUCCCAAUAUUCAUCGCCACUCUGGCCAUCCCAACCAUCAGCUGCCCUCUGCAUGUGUUUGAGCCUCGCUACAGACUCAUGAUCAGGCGUUGCAUGGAGUCAGGCACCCGCGAAUUUGGGAUGUGCAUGCCCAUGGACAGUGCUGAAAAUGGGUAUGCUGAUUCUGGAACAAUGCUGGAGAUAAGAGACAUUGAGUACACACCAGAUGGUCGCUCAAUUGUGAACACAGUUGGCUCCAGACGUUUCAAGAUUGUCAGUAAGGGUGUAAAAGAUGGCUACAACACUGCUGCUGUAGAAUUUCUCCAGGAUGAUGCUGUACCAAGUAGUAAUUUACCAGAACUUCACAAGCUCCAUGACUGUGUACAUAAAUUAGCCUCAAAAUGGUUUGAAACGAUAGAACUGCUGACCAAACGGAGGAUUCUUGUGCAUUACGGCCCCAUGCCUCCAGUUGAAGUUGAGUACUGGACUAUUCCCAAUGGUCCAGCUUGGAUGUGGUGGAUCAUUGCUAUUCUUCCACUUGAUCAUCGAAUCCAGCUGUCAAUCCUCUGUGAAACUUCCCUCAAGCGUCGCCUGGAGAUCCUCCACAAGAUAGUUCGCUGUGUCCUAGUUCAGCAGCGCCCUCGACAAGCACCCACUGAGGGGUCACAGUGACUAGUAGCAUCUCUUAACGUUACAAAAUAUUUAUGCCAAAGUAACUGUUGGGUUCUGCUUCUCGUUGUCUUACUAUUUCUGUUGGGAAAUUUAAUAUAUUAUUUAUUUUGACUAUAAAAAACUUUAGCUGACAAAAAAUUAUAGUUAGUAUCUGUAGAUUAAAUUAUGUGGCACUUCAUGUCUUGAGAUUUGGUUGGAAAAGAGUGUAUGGAAAUCCUGUCCAUUGCAUUGCAAAGUUUUCAAACUGAAUGGCCACUUGCUGCAUCAGGAAGUGGCAGCCUCAUUCAUCCUCACCACAAAUGGUUUAAGCAGCAUGUGGCCCUGGGGCACAAGAGGUAUAAGAUUGGACAUGGAAUCUGAUCUCAUUCUGAUUUCCCAUUCCCAAAAAGGUGCUUGGCCACUGCAAUGAGUGUGUGUGUGUGUGUGUUGGGCAAUUUCUGUAACUACACUCUCCUAUUCUUGUAAUCUUUGGCCCUCCUCCUUUUCUAAUUGUGGGAAAUUUGAUGAGAAUUAUGACAAUCAUACUACUGAUUUUGUCUUUAGUAUAAGAACUUGUUUUGACAACUUGAACAGAACUCUUCUCAGGAUUGUAAGGUAUGACUGGCAUGCAAUAUGUAUUUAUGUGUAUUUACAUUUAUUUAUUAUAUGAUUAUAGCUGUUCUCAAGUCAUGCAGUUUAGUGCAUGCUUAAUACAUUCGCUACCUAAAUACCUAAUACCUCAUAUUCCUUUAUUAUACAAACUGUGUAGAGUUGACUUUAGAGAAAACCCUUGUCAGGGUUAUCAUUUGAAAUCUGUAACCAUAAUUCAGGGAAACUGGGUUGUAGGUCAUUGGGCCAUAUUACAAGUCAAACCUGAGAAGUUUCAGGUCCCUACAAAGGUUGGUUUAGGGGGUGUAUUACAAGUCCAAUCCGAGAAGUUUUGGGUCCCUACAGAGUUAUUCAUCCCGAACUCUGUAGGGACCCGAAAAUUCUUAAAUUGGUCUUGUUGUAUGGCCCCUAAACCGACCUUUAUAGGGAGCCAAAACUUCUCAGGUUUGACUUGUAAUAUGGCCCAUUAUCCUAAAGCUUUUGCAUACAUUAAAUAGGUUAAAUUUUUAUAGAAUUUCUUAGAAUUAGAUGUAAAUCUUCUUUAAGUGUGAUCUGGGCACCCAGAAUCUUUUUACAAGAUUAUUUUGAUACAAAGGUAGUUACCUUUUUUAUGGAUUAGAAUGAAUAAACAAUACAGCUUAGGGAAGGUGCUGAUAGUUAGGAGCAAUAUUACAUGGCCAAAGGUUCCCAUCAGAAUGUCAAGGAUGUUGAUAUACCCUUUGUUACCAAAAGAUAUUUUUACAUGAGCCAUUGCACAAAAUUUUGAGCUACUUUCUAAGGAUAGUCAGCUCUGGCUGUUGUGCCAAGUGGUUAUUCCUUCAUAUUUCUGAAUUACAAUAUGUUCAAACUA